AUGGACGCUCCACCAAACUGCAGCAAACAGCAUUCCGCAAAGCGCGCUCACAGCAACAUUGAGAUCGACCGCAUCCUCGCGGCGAACGACCAGGCACUGCAAUCGCGCGACUCGAGCGUACCAGAUACUGUCGCGCCCGCCAGAAAGAGGACUCGGCUGACCAAACCACUUCUCCUAUCCACCACCGGUCUCGAAGAGCUCGCGGACUUUGCGCAAGAGCUUCAGACUAACCGCCCCCGCGAGCUCGAGUUGUCGACGGAACCUCCCGACAGCGCCCUCCGCGAGCAAGGCUGCGAUCUCGAGAUCGGGUUGACGGAAGAGCCUGACCGCGAUCCAUUCUUCCCACGUAGAGAACCCCCGAGAACAGUCCACGAGAAGUUGGAAAGGGCUUACUUCCACCUCAUCAAGACAUGGAGGACUCAUCACUCGAUCUUUUACGAGUAUGAUAUCGUAUGUCUGAAGGGAGUGCAAGCCAUCACCAUCGAGAGGCCGUUGGACGGUGUGCCGCCUGCUGUCGAGAUGGAUCGGGUGGUGUAUCCGUAUCGCCAGCUGCCAAGUGGAGGGCUGUAUUUCUUCUUACCGGCGCAGAUCAAGGUGUUUGAGGCUGAGAAUUUCUCGCGAUAG